GCGUGUCGCUUAUAUAUCUCCUCGCUUCGGCUGCAUGAUUUUUUCUUCCCUUUUUUUUUGGUCUCCCUCCCUCUCACGGUUGGCGCGAAGAAAUUGAGAGAGAAGUCGGUGCAUCGGUGCCCGAUCGAGGGAGAUCGGUAUACCUAUACUCGCUUUCGCGGAGAGAGGCGCGCUCCGUUUGCUCGUUCGACCGUAACUCCGAGCGGAAGGAGGUGUCGUGCUAUUAUUACUUUCACAACAUCGAAACAAAAAAGUGCGGAUUUUUUACACCAGUGGAUGCACACAUAUUUGGGGGGAAAAAAAAAAAUCUGCAAAAAGUACAUCGGGCGUGCGUGUAAUCCAUCACACGUUAUAAACGUGCAUAUAUAGUAAAAAGUGAAAAAAGAAAGCGAAUGCUCGGGCACGGCGGAACGACGGAGAGCCGGAGCGCGCGGCGGGUUUGCGCGACGUUAGCUCGCGAGCUCGAGGCAGCGGCGGGUCACCAUCGCUUGUGCCGACGACUCGUGGUUCUUACGAUAUAAGCAACACGAGUACAACAGCCGCGGCGUGUAUAUAUAUAUAUAUAUGUACUUCAUGCCCAAGUUUCGUAAUGUUUCGAGCGCUCUGCAGUGCUGCGGGUUAGUUUAUUUUUCUCAAUCUCUGUUGUGCUUGCGCUUCGGUACAAAAUCACGCAGUGUGCGGCCGAGCUUCGUUGAUGGUGAAUACACAUAUAUAUAUAAGGACGGAAAUCGAGGAUAUUGUUGUAUCGACGGACAGAGUUUGUGCGUGUGUGCAAAAAAGUGAUUGUGCGCGUCUUGCAACAACAGAUACAUGCGUACAUAUUAUAUACGUGUGAGAGAAAAGGCGGUCGCGCUCGACGGCGAGUGCUUUCACCGAGUGAGUGACCGUGUACUUGUAUAGUCGAGGAGGUGAUGCCGGCGUCGCUGGUCUGCGUACCGCACUGCGAAUAACUGUAUAAUAUACGUGUACUCGCGUACCGAUCUUUUAUGCUCGCGAUCGGCUGUUUUCGGCAACAAAAUGCCAUAGUCUUCCGUUGCUGAUGUUGCCGAUCGUCUGUUUAAUAUUAUACGUGGGCCGUAGUUCCGUGCGUUAUAACGUAUAAUUCGUGCAGUAAAACAUAUUAUAUAUAUACAUGUGAGGUCGAGACGAGCCAAGAGGAUUGUUGUUGUUAUUUAUUGUCAUCGUUGAAUUGAAAAACGAGAAGAGGAAGAAGAAGAAGAAGAAGAAGAUCGUUCGUGAAGACGUAUACAUAUACCUACAGAGUCUCGGGUAAAUUGGCCAUCAGUGAAUGAAUCGUGCCCGACCGAUUGGACGAAAUAUGGAGCGACACUUUAACGCGUAUAAUACAUAUAUUUUUGCUUCUCUGUGAACUAUACAAUUAAUUUUUUUUUUCUAAUUUUUCGCCUUAAAUUAUUAAGCUCCUUUUCGUCUAAUCGCGAGAACAUAAGUAUACCUUAUAUACAUCCUGUUACGUUUUGUGCGUCCAGUUUGACUGUUAUUUUUUGCCGAAAAACUCUUUACUUUUUUUUUUUUUUGCAACCAAACAAUCGGUCAACAGCUUCGGGACACGCAGUUGGCACACGGUAUUAAUACUUCAUCGCCACGCGUUAAAGUUCGGCGCUAACGGUUGCGAGGACACAUUCGGUAGUGUAUACGUCAUAUACAUCAUAGUCUCGACGUUUAGUAUACAUUUUGUUGUGCAUCGAACAGUUGGCAUCGAGUUUGCGUUUGUCAACGCGCUUCAGACUAUACAGAUACGCGUAUUGUAAAUCCUCGGGGAAAAUCACACUUUGAUUCAUUCCCAAUUCUACCGACAUAGAUUGGGAAAAAAAAAAAAAAAAAGAAUAGACGUACAAAACGUCGCGAUUCGUUCACUGCGGCCAAUAAAAGUAAACCCCAUAUGACCCACAGUGCCCCAGGCGCCGUAGCAUGGAAAGCAGGAUGUACAUAACCGAGUCGCACCAGCAGCACGCGUCACCGAAAUUCGCCUCGACCAACUCGAUACCCUCGCUUAUCGAGUCGUGCCAGGUGUCCUCGUACGACCUCCCCGAGUCGCAGCUGCGCGACCCGACCAAGAGCCGCCGCUACAGCGUCCUCGAGGAUCUAAAGGCGCGGCGCGACAGUUUCUUCCAAAAGGCCCGGCGCCACAGCAUCUUCGAGGACAAGGAGAACCGCGAGAAGCGCCGGGCCAGCGACAGUAGGCGCUCCUCCGUCUUCUACGUGUCCACCCAGGACCUCUUUGCCGAAGAGCAGCAGGAGGGUAGCGUCGAAACCGGCGAGUCUCCCGAAGCCAAGGACGAGGUGAAGAGCAAUGGAGGGGAGGAGGAGCGCGAGGACGAGAGUUCGCCGUUGGGCUUCGCCGCGAAGAAGGGCAGGAGAAAAUCGUGGCAUCCGUUGGUCGGUAAGCCACCGAAGGUCGACCGGAAGAGGAGGAAGGGGGUCGCGGGGCCCGCCUCGCCCGAGGCUGGCAGCACCGAGGGGUUGUACAACGCGCGGCAGAAGCGGCCCUCCUGGUGGAACAUCUUUGUGCCGGACUCGGUCGGCAGGUCUCGGCGGAUGUCCCAAGACGUGACGCACACCAGAUCCACGGAGAAUCUCACCACCAACUCUUACUUCAGGAGUAAGAGCCGCAGUGUGGAUCACGGCUUGACGACGCCUUUCGACUUGGAUUUGCUGCGCAACAAGGUCGAGGGCCGCUUCGAGUCCAUCGAAAAACUCUCCAGAGAUCCGGACAGCGAGAGCAAGGAUGGCUCAGGCUCGCAGGAAAAAAAGUCCGGCCGACUAUCCCAGCAAAUCAAUACCAUCGCCUACACGGUGGGCGAUCGAGACACGCUGACGUCGGUGGCGGCGCGCUUCGACACGACGCCCUCGGAGCUGAGCAAACUGAAUCGGCUCGUCAGUAGAUUCAUCUAUCCGGGACAGCAGCUGUUUGUGCCGGUGAAAGGAGAGGCCACGUCCGGGGAUGGCAGGUCGGAGUCGACGGGCUCCGAUGCUACGCAGGAGGGACAUGAGGGCCAGGACGAGCUGCCGGCUGACGAAAAAGAGCUGCUCGACAACUUGCGGCCCGUGUCGCCGAAGCCGGGCCACCUGGAGCGCGUCAAGACACCCGCCAUGGACGAGGACUCGCACACUUACAAGGAGCGAUUCUUGAAAAUCACUGUCCGGCACAUCACCGACGGCCAGGGAGUCGUCGGUGGAGUGCUGCUGGUCACACCGAACGCGGUGAUGUUCGACCCAAACGUGUCGGAUCCCCUGGUGAUUGAGCACGGAGCCGAGUCGUACGGGGUGAUCGCACCGAUGGAGUUUAUCGUGAACGCGGCGAUCUAUUACGACAUCGCGCACAUGAGGGUCGGGCACACGGACGCGGGUCAGCCGGAGAAAAAACCCGAGAUCUACUACAUGAAGAAACCGGUGGUGGCUGCCACGCCGGCGGCGGUGGGCGAGGAGAAACAGAGGUCGGCCUCGCCGUCGGCCAAGGACGAGAACUUCCCGGAACUCGCGGUCGACGACAGUGUCAGCGUGUGCAGCGCUGAGCGCGACGGUGACGCUUUUCCAAAGGCGUUCGACAAGGAUCUCAUCACGCCCAACAACUCGACCGAAGAAGCUCCGACCAAAGAUAAAGAGGACAAAGACGAUAAAGAAAUGACCAAAGAAGAUACUGGCAUGGGACAAGCGAGCAGGACCCUCGAAGAGCGCAGGCGUUCUAUGCUCGAUCAUCACUGGGCAGUUCCUAGCAAAGAUAGAUGUUCAUUUUCCCAGGAUGAUGAGCAGCAGGAUUCCUUGAAUUCGGAUAAAGCCGAAUCCUCGAAAUCAAAUGCAAUUCCCGAAGAUGUGGAAGGUUCUCUAGUCAAACAAUCCUGUCACGAUUCAGGUAUCGACAUUCGCGAUCCCAAUCCUCCGCUUCCAGUAGUGCAGCCGAUAGUAGCGAAGAAAGUUUAUUCCGACGCCGAUAUAGUUUUGUCCUCAGAUUGGGUGCCUCCGAUAACCAUCGCACCGACAAACGUGACAACGAACACGUUAGAAGCCGAGGCCGCCAUGAACGGUCGGAAAAAGGCGAGCUCGGUUUCUUUCAGCCUCGACAGCAACAAUGAAGAACAGGAGAAAGAAGAGGAGCACAAGGAAGAGGAUAAGCAGGAGACUCGUAAAAACAAAAUGCUCAAACGACUCUCCUAUCCGUUGUCGUGGAUGGAAGGUUUGACGGGCGAGUCCAAAGAUGAAGACAGCGGUAAAGCUCCGUCGGACAAAAUGUCCAGCCUUCCCAACAGUGCCGACAGUCAUCAUUCUUCCGUUUUUAGUAAAGUUUUCUCCAGCUCGCCCAUCAACUUGGUGAGUGACUUUAGUUCCGGCCUGUUCGCUAAGACUCCGAGUGAAGAGAGUGGCGGUCGAGUUGGAGGCACCCCUCCGCUCACCGCCUCCUCUUUAUCGCAGGACUCGAGCAAUCCUGUGUUCUCACCAGGUCCGGUUGGUUUCAUGGGACGUUCUUCCGUUGGUACGUUUAUCAGGCAGCAGCCCCUUACCUCCUCAGGGAGCAGUAGCGUCGACAGUAGCCGGGGUAGCAAAACGUCCACAGCACCGCCACGAUUGGAUUACCGUAGCAUGGUCUCAGUUGAUGAUAUGCCCGAACUUUUUGUCAGCUUCGAUAAAUUAAUACCGAGGCCUGCGCGUUCCUGCGAAGAUCCGCCAUUGUACCUAAGGCUGCGAACUGGUAGACCCAAGGACAAGAAGAUCCCGUGGACGACUCCGAUCAUGAGUUACGGCAAAAAGAAAAUUCGCCCGGAGUACUGGUUCAGCAUACCGCGCAACAGGGUGGACGACCUGUACAGGUUCAUCCACGCAUGGGUGCCUACGUUGUACGGCGAGCUGGACGAGGACAUGUGGCGGGAGCGAGGGUACAUACUGUCGGACACGGACACCGACCUGUCGCCGGAACUGACGCCCCGGGAGGCUAACGAGGUGUGUGCCGAGGACGGCAAGGACACCGAGAGCAAGCCCGGCGAGAUGGCCGCCGAGCUAACGCGCGAGUCCUGGGAGCUUAUCAAGGCCCCGUACGUAAAGCUGUACAGCAUCUUGAAGACCUCGAGCACGUCCGGCGACUCUGAGCUACAGAUCCAGGAUCCCGAGGUACUGUCUAUGAGCGAGGAGCUGAGGCGAGCGCUUUACCACAACAACAGCGCGGUAUCGCUGGAUUCGGAGAUCAUAGUGCCGGAUCUGGUGGGCGCGACCGAGAUACUGAGCGACGAGCACAGGGAACAGCUCUGCCGGCACCUACCGGCGAGGGCCGAGGGUUACCUGUGGACCCUCGUCUUCAGCACCAGCCAGAACGGCUUCAGUCUCAACAGCAUGUACAGGAAAAUGAGCAAAGUCGAGAGCCCCAUUCUCCUCGUCAUCGAGGAUACAGAGGGCAACGUUUUUGGAGCCCUGACCUCGUGUUCGCUGCGCGUCAGUGACCACUUCUACGGCACGGGGGAGUCGCUACUCUUUAGGUUCACGCCGAGGUUCCAAGCCUUCAACUGGACCGGCGACAACCUCUACUUUAUCAAAGGCAACAACGAGAGCCUCGCCAUUGGAGCCGGAGAUGGCAAGUUCGGACUGUGGCUAGACGGUGACCUUUACCAGGGUAGAACCCAGUCGUGCAGUACCUACGGCAACGAGCCACUGGCGCCGCACGAGGACUUUGUGGUCAAGACGCUCGAGUGCUGGGCGUUCAUAUAGGACACGGCCCCCUUCCAGCAGGUCGUAGCUCUCGCUUCGUCCCCGCUGUCGAAAACGUCAAGUCCGACGCCGCCGUCGUCGGCAACCCUGAUGCAGACCCAGUCGAGUCUCACCUGAAUCGUUGGACCUCCAUGUUAAGCCUCGGGAGGGGACCGUUGUUGUUGUCACGCGCGCCGCGCUCGCUCUCCACCUGUUGAAUACACAUACAUGGAAUCACACAGCGCACCCUGGAUAAGGGCUUUUUGGAGCGCCUGGUGAUUUUGUCGCUGGUGCAGAGGAGAGAGCGAGACGCGUGCGAGCGAUACAAUAGGCUUCAACGAUAUGUUAUACACUGUCUGUCUCGGAGGCACGUGCCUGCAGAUGAUGAUGAUGAUGACACAACUCCCUCCCUUUCCAAAUCUACACUGUAUUGUUGUCAUGUUGCGUCAAAAACGAAAGCCAUUAUUAUUGAUUAUUUUUGUGUGUACAAACUUUUUACUCGUCUCGUUUGUAUUAUUGUUGCGCAAAGGAUGUUGUUACGAGGUCCGCGGGAUACAAUUAUUCUUGUUAUGCACACGUGAUGAUACAUCUUACACGAGGCGCACGAUUAUUUUUUAACGAUUGACGGACGAUGAAAGAGUUGAUACAAAGCGACGAUUUUAAAAGACGGACAAACAAACGAAAAGAAGGACAUAAAAUUACAACUUUACACCGAUGAUACUCUUUAAUCAAACGCCUCGACUAAUAGACUUUUUAAUUAUUUUUUUGAUUUAUAAUCAUUGUUGAUUCCUCAAUUUUUUUUUGUAAUUUAGGAUAUUUAUUAUU